AUGCGUAGCUUGACUUCUUCACAAUCCCUUUAUGAAACCAAGCUAGAGAAAGCUUUAUCCGCGCUCAAACUGAACAAAGACCUUGAACUUGUCCGCGAGAUCGUUUACUACCGGUCAGUCUCGAGGUUGUGGAUUUUUGUUUGGGAUAUUGUUCACUGUUAUCAAAGAAAUACCCAAACUCUCUCUGAAUGCUCCAAAUACCAUCGAUAA